UUUCUCUAAGACUUGGGUUUCCAAAGAACCUAAAAUCCUAUAAAUACACAUCUUUCUUUCACAAACAACACAAAUCAUUGGAUCCUCAAGUAUUUAGAUUCAAUAUCUGCUUGAAUCUGAGAUCUUUGCUUUGCUCUUCUUCCUUCAAACAAGCACAGAACAUGGGUUUCCAUUUACAAGCUAUUCGACGGGCAUCAUUCACGGCUAGCAAAGCAGCUUCAAAAUCUUUUGAAGUACCAAAGGGCUAUCUUGCAGUGUAUGUUGGAGAGAAACAGAAGCGGUGUGUAGUCCCAAUAUCCUACUUGAACCAACCUUUAUUUCAAGACUUACUAAAUCAAGCUGAGGAAGAGUUUGGAUAUGAUCAUCCCAUGGGUGGCCUCACAAUUCCUUGCAGAGAAGAUGUUUUCCAACAUGUAAUUUCUUGCUUGCAUGGGAACUAAUACUAAAUCUCUCACUAUAGCUUAUUGACAUAGAUUAGGAGAGAAAUUUUGUACAAUAGGCAUCUUCUUAACUUGUAAAAAUUACCCUUUUCAUGGGAAAAACUUACCGUCUGAAUUACAAUGAACUCAGCUACCAAGUCUUUCUGUUUAUCAAUUACAUUUUUCACUUUUCCCUGCAACU